AUGUCCUUACAGUUCAGAGUGGGUCAUAUCUACAGUCCUCCCACAGUUGGGAAGGAUGCAACUAUCUUUGACUGGUUUAGUUGCUCGCAACACAUAGUUGAAACCCUCAAGGGGGCUUUCCUCAAGGUGGCUCAUGUGCUACCUUCACAAGUAAAUCUGCUGACCAUGGACACAGAGGAUGCAUAUGAAUCUGUCUACAUGGAUAUAUGCCAGCAAGCAGAUCUAACACCAUUCACCAUCCCAUAUGGCUGGAAGCAACUCUGGGUAUAUAUGGACAAUGAUCUCAUAACAAGGCCUGUGAUUCAAAAGGACAUUGAGCCAGGGCGCAAUAUUGUCCUCACUGAUCAUUGUGCCCCCCUCAGUGGCUCUCAAUUCAGUGAUGCUCCAAGCUGGGUUGAUACCGGGUUUGAUGAAGCAUUUUUGGAUGACAAUUUCUUGUCUGCCAUAGGUUCAUUCAAGCCUGAUGGCGAAUGGACAGGCACAGAGACAUUGGUGUUUGGGAUUGGAUUUCAAAUGUCUGCUACAGGAGAUUACAUACUCCCUUCAACCUCUGCUGCAGCAAACAUGGAGUUACAUCCCCUAGUUCCUGUUACAGUAAGCACUGGGUCGAAACAUAAUACAAUGCCUCCCGAGCUGACAACUUUCCUUCCAAUACUGAUUACUGGUAUCGCUUUGGCGAACAGCCCUUUGCCAAAGUCGCACUAUGUAAUUUGCGAUCCGGCCCUCUUCACACGAGGUAUCGAGUACACUAAUGAGACCCUUGAAAUCACCUUUCCUGUGGCAGCUGCAUGCAUCCGUGAUGCCACCAUUCUUGCUAGGCAGUGUUUGACUACUCAUGGCAUACAAGAAAAUUCAUUCUGUAUAGCCUGCAAGGACUUCAUCAUCGAAAUGAUGACAGUCACAAAGCAUGCUGGCCAGCCGGUCGAGCAAGGUUUCAAGUGUCGGGAUACCAACAAGGUCAAACCCUUGGAUAUGAAAUAUUAUCGUUGGAUGCCAAUCCUAGUAAUUCUGGCACUUUGUAUUUUGCAACCGCUCAGAGUGCAACACCGCUUGCUAUUAGAUCUUUUCCCCACCCAGUAUGGGAGACUUCCAGAGCAUUUGAUAGCCAGUGCAUGCAGGAUGUAUACCAUUUUCUUCAAGUGUCGACUUCCUGGAUACCCGCCAAGUGCCCAAAUUUCAACCGAUGAUUUCGAGAAGGAAGCAGACCACCAGCUACAGCUCCUAAGGUUCAUCUGCCAGCACACGAAUGAGGAGGCCCAUAGGCUAAAUACAUGGAUCAAUACCCGGGAUGGCCCGGGUGGGUGGUUGCAAGACCUACCUUCAUUCCUCCUGACCCUCCCGCCUCCCAGUAGCUUGUGUGCCUGA